UAAACAGUGAGUAGGUAACAGGAGAUCCCAACAUGUUAUGCAUUUGUUUUGCAGCAAAAUUCACUGAGUUUCCCCGAAAUGUCACGGCCACUGAAGGGCAGAAUGUGGAGAUGUCUUGUGCUUUCCAAAGUGGCUCUGCUUCCGUGUACCUCGAAAUCCAGUGGUGGUUUCUACGAGCGGCUGAGGACCAAGAGGCUGGAGCUGAGGUGACAGGCACUCAGACAGUGAAAGUACAAGGGAAUGACAUCUCCCACAAGCUGCAGAUUUCAAAAGUGAGGAAAAAGGAUGAAGGCUUGUAUGAGUGCAGGGUGACCGAUGCCAACUAUGGAGACCUUCAGGAAUACAAGGCCCAGGCAUUUCUUAAAGUCAAUGCUAACAGCCAUUCUCGGCGAAUGCAAGCCUUUGAGGCAUCUCCAAUGUGGUUGCAAGACAUGAAACCUCGCAAAAACAUCUCAGCAGCUGUUCCAAGUAGCAUCCAUAACUCUGCCAAUCAGCGUGUGCGUGCCACCUCCAGCCCUGAAGCAGCAGCCAAAAUCCCCAAACAAAGUCCACAAUCAGGUGCGAGGAUAGCUACAAGCCAUGGACUUUCUGUCCUGCUUCUUGUUUGUGGCUUUGUGAAGGGUGCUUUGCUUUAAUCUAAAAGUGCUGACUUUUUCCAAUAUCACUUUCUCUUCUUAAAGCAAAGAGCAAAUCGCCUGUAAAAUCCACGGAGCGGACAGCAAAGUUGACCCUAACCUCCAACCACCACUCUGCACCCAAUGUACUCUAAAUCUCUACACAAGGAGCACCUUCUUCAGGAAGUACAAACAAAAAUACUAAUAAAAUAAAUAAAUAAAUAAAUAAAUACAUAAAUAAAUAAAUAAAUAUUAUAAAAAGAAGAGGAUACCACAUGUUUUCCUGAUAUAUCUUAUUUUCUUUGGCGUAUCACUGAUCUUUUAUUUGAAGAGAACUGGUGUGAUGUAAUCAAACGUUUUGUAACAGCAAGACCUAGUUUCCUUUUCUUUCGGCAAGGAGAAGCCUCAUCCUUGACUUCUCAGGGGUUGGCCUGCAAGUCAUCAGUAUUAUAAAAUUAACCAUGGAUGACAUACGGUUUCCUACGCUGAAAGAACCGUUCCAGCCUGGAAGCAAACAGAGGCCAAAUAAUGGAACAAAACAUAGUGAUUUAACGUCGACCCCAAAAAAACACCCCACAAACUUUAUCAAAAAGUCUUUUUUUCUUUUUUCUUUUUUGCAUGAUGAUUAGGGAGGAGAAAAUAAAUUCUACAAAGUAGCUAAGCAGACUAGAGGACAUUGUUUCUGGAAAACAAAUUAGGAGAUUUUUCUUUUGAGUUGUUUGGGAUUUUUUUUAAAAUUUUUUUUUCCCCUGUGGGUUUUUUCCUGUCUUUUUUUUUUGUUUGUUUCUUGUUCAAUGGUGGCAAUUACUGACUUAGGCCAACCCCUGAUUAUUGCGUGGAGGUUUAUAUAUAUACAUCUUUUUUUUGUGUGUGUGUUCUAUAUUUCAGUGUGUUUUCUCUAAUUUUGCAACUCCUGUAUAUGCAAAACUAACUUAAAUUCUGUAAAUUGCUUACAGUCUGUGUGAUAUAACUUCAGAGUAGACAUACUUUGGUCCUCAUGCAAGCCAGUUUUUAAUAUUAUCUAUAUGUCGUGCCACCAAUAGACAUCUUUAUUUCCUUUUUUUGCAAACCCAUCACUUUUUAGUUUGUAAUUCACUACUGUGUGGAUUUUGUAAUACAUACCUUCACUUCCACUGGUUUGACCCCUUUCAGCCCUCUGUUUACUCUGUAAAUGCACAUUAAAAUUUGUUAUGGUCUCUAGACAAUGAAUUAUUUUAGUUUUGUGUAUGUUGUGUUGGAGUUCAGAUGCUGAAAGCUCUUUUAAUUUGUGAUGUUUAUAGAGGAUUAAGUGAUUUGAUCACUAGAAACUGUAAAAUUAAGGUUUGCAGUCAAAUAAUGAAUGCAAAGGAAGGUUAGAAGGGGAAAGCAAAACAUGCUUUAAAGGAUAUUCUUUUGGUAAAGAGUUUUAUGAAAGUUAAUUUAUUACACUGAUAAACUAUAUUUGCAUCACAGCUCCUUCUACAUGGCCAAAGAAGUGUCUUUCUUUGCUUUUUCUGGAAGUGGAUUGUCAUUAUUCAUUGAUAUUCUUAAUUAAAAUACUUCAUGUCUGUGAACUGAA